CGUCACAUCCGGUUGGCGCUGAGGGGGAAACAACAGACCACAAGCUUCACUAUUGAAGAGCUGAAGUCCACUAAAUAAAGGGGGUCCAACAAACUCUGAGUUGAUCUACCCUCAGAUGGGAGACUCUGAGUUUCCUGAGUCCAGAACAGCUGAUCCGAGUCAGCUCAACCAACUCUGAGUAGGUUCACUCCGAGUUCAGCGCGUGCUCUAGAAAGAGAACAAGACCACAUUGAUGGAGCGCCGAUUCAUCGAUUCACCAUGGCAACAGGAGACAAGAAGAGGUCUUCAUACUUCACCCCUCUGGAGCUGGACAUCCUCAUGCAGUCCUACAGCGAGUAUGAGCACAUAUUCAAAACGAAGAGCAACACUACAGCAGCAUCCAAAGGGAGGGAGGCAGCGUGGGGGAAGAUAGCAGCAAGAGUCAAUGCAUGCAAUCUGGGAGGAGAAAAGCGAACCUGGAAGCAGCUGAAAAUGAAAUAUAAGAAUAUAAUUCAGACAGCCAAUAGGAAGAAGGCAGAGGCUCGUAAAACAGGAGGGGGACCACCAACAUCACCAUCUCUGACGGAGGCAGAGGAGGAGGUGUCCCAGAACCAGACCGCUCCUCUGGCAGAAGGAAGCUCAUCUGAGACAGUCGACCCCCAGGACACAAGUUCCUUCAUAAGAUGUUCUGAUGCUGUGCUCUGCUUUGUGGACCCUCAUGCCCCUGCAGAACUCCUCUCAGCUGAUGAAGAGGAUAAUAAAGACGUACUGAAGACACUGAUAGUGUCUGCGGCCUCAGAGGGAGAUCAAGAGAGUGUAGCUGGGCAGCAGGAGGAGGCUCCAUCAACUUCCACGGCACAGAUGAGCACAUUACCAGUGCAGGAACUGUACAGAAUGCACCUCAUCAAAAAGAUGAACAAAAUGGACAAGGAAAUGGUCUACCUGGACCGCCAGAUUCAGAAGUCAGAUCUGGAAAUAGAAAUGCUUCAGCAUAAGUUAGAGGAAAUAAAGAGGACCAAAUAAAAUGUGUCUCAUUUGUCUUUA